AUGGCAUGUGAACAAACAAAAACGACCACUAAAAGAUCUCAGCUUGCUAAAAUACAACCUCUGUCCGUCCUCUCGGUAUCCAAAAGGACAGGUUCAGCAUUCAGUGGUGAUGAAACUGCCCCUUUCUUUGGUUUCCUCGGCGCAGCUGCUGCCCUCGUCUUCUCCUGUAUGGGGGCGGCGUAUGGAACAGCGAAGAGUGGUGUUGGUGUGGCGUCGAUGGGUGUGAUGAGGCCUGAGCUAGUGAUGAAGUCGAUUGUUCCUGUGGUUAUGGCUGGUGUGCUUGGUAUUUAUGGGUUGAUUAUCGCUGUUAUCAUCAGUACUGGGAUUAACCCUAAAGCAAAAUCGUAUUAUCUGUUUGAUGGCUAUGCACAUCUUUCCUCUGGCUUGGCUUGUGGUCUUGCUGGUUUGUCUGCAGGAAUGGCGAUUGGGAUUGUUGGUGAUGCUGGUGUUAGAGCGAAUGCACAGCAACCAAAGCUUUUUGUGGGUAUGAUUCUUAUCCUCAUCUUUGCUGAAGCUCUUGCCUUAUACGGACUCAUUGUUGGCAUCAUUUUGUCUUCACGUGCUGGUCAAUCAAGAGCAGAUUAAGAAGAUUGAAUUUGUUUUUUUUUUUUUUUUAAUAUCUGUUUGUUGUUUGUUUUGUUUCCAUAAAUCAAGAUCAUUUUUUUUAUUUCAUAAUUUUCCAGCUUUUGGACACAUAUUAUUGCAUUACCUUAUAUUUUCGUGAUAUUAUUGGGAUUCUUUGUGGACUCAUUAUCACUAGCGUUUAGGUUUAUGCGGAAUAAGAGUUUUUGUUAUUUUUUGU